UCAACCGAGGAAGAAAAAUUCGAUCGUCACUUGCUCAGAAACACCUCUAAAGCCUAUGAAAAACGGUUGAGCGAACGGAAGGCGGCUCUCGAGCUCCGAAGGCAGAGAGCUCUUGAAGCCACAACUGCCCUGGUCUUCCAGUUGAGCAACAACCUCAAUGAUGAAGUUUCUCGGGUCAACUUGUGGGUGAAAGAAAUUACGGAUUUCAAUAAAGCUCUCAAGGAGCUCGGGGACGUUGAAAACUGGUCCCGAAAACUUGCCGUGGAUGUCCAGAUACUGCAUGAUACCCUUCAAAUUGUUAAUGACGAAGGCCAAUAA